UGUAUUCAAGCUUUGCAUUUAAUCCCUCCAGAUACUGUUGUAAAUUGUUUUCGCCAUACUAGCUUGUUUGAUUAUGAAAUAGCUACUGCUAUCUGUGAAGUUUAUCCAAAUGAUGAAGAUUCAUCUGUUUUCGCAGAGUUAGAAGAAUCACCCAAAUAUCUGACCCACCCGG